AUGGCUUCCAUGGCCGAACAACUGAUGCAGCAAAGGUAUUUAUUACUUCAGAUGGACCAGCAUUACCAGAAACAGACAUCAACAAUUAAAUCACGUAUAGAAGCACUGCAAAAUAAAGCAAAUCCUCAAUCUGAUGCAAAAACAGCUUCAAAACCAUCUAAAUCAACUCAACAGAAAAUAACUACAACGAAAAGAGCUUCCCCUGGUUCAAAACCAAAGUAA